UCUUGGGGUUGUCUUGACAAACUACUUCACUGAACACUGACAGUUCUUCAUUAGCGAGUCGACAGCUGCAUGCCUGAGUCCAACUUCCUUUACUUUAAUCCACGACAGUCGACAAACACAACCGACUCCAAUACCCCACCACAAUCUACCACUAGCGUUACUACUGACGCACCCACUCUAACCCCCAGUGGCAGUCAGACAUCCACAAUAACGACCAUACAGUUAUCCGAUACCCAGUCUGGUAGCUCCCAGGCUACCAGCAUUGGUUUCCCGACAUCAAGCAGUACCACACCUCAACCGACGUCCUCUCCUGAUGUCGGUACGACUUCUUCUGCUGUUACAACUUCGUCUCAGCCCGAGUUAACUCCAUCCUCGUCGCUCAUUUCGUCUACAAGUCCAGAAACUUCGAGUUCUGCUCUUACAUCUCAGCCUCCUACUUCCACAAUCUUGUCUGUACCAUCUUCAUCCCAAACCCCGACCUCGUCUCCAGCUCCAACUACCACUACCUCCUCAUCGCCAUCGCCAUCGCCAUCACCGUCAUCUAUCUCUCAAAACAAACCGACUCCUACGACCCCAACUGCCACAUAUGGAGGCCAGACAACGUCGACCAUUACCUCAUCUUUUGUGACGGUUAUAGGUUCAUCUUCUAUAUCAACCUUCAGUCUCAUCCCUACAGUCAUCAGCCUACCCUCGAACACCACUACCGGUGAAACAGACCGCACUGCCAUUAUCGCUAGCUCCGUGAUCGGUGGAGGUCUAGUCCUCAUCCUCGGUCUCUCUGUAUUUUUCUACCGCCAACGUCAGCGCUUCAAACACUUCCACUUCCUCGACGCUAUCAACGUGCGCAGACGACAAGCCCGUGCCAGAGCAACACUGCUCGCAGGCGAGGAUCUCGAGGACGUUGAUCUCGCACGUCCGCCUCCAGGAAGAUACUCCGACUAUGAUGCCCCCUGGGAUCCGCGCGAUAGCUCGGGGUCAAUUAAUGAUACCGAACGUGGAAAACUUAUGGGUUCUGUGGUACACGGUGGGGACGUUGACUUGAGCCACAUCGUCGACGACGUCAUGGGCCCUUCAGCAUCAGGCGUGCACUACUCACAAAAUUCCCUAUCAUCUUCUUAUCACGACUUAUCAGGAUACGAGUCUACGCCUCAAACAAGAGAGAGACCCAACGCAUCGCAAAUUGCAUUAAUAGAAGCUGCGGGGUUGAGUACCACGGGAGGUCCCGGCAUGCAACCUACACGUCCUAGUCCACUUGGGAACAAUGAUCCUGUUGUUACAGGUGGCGGUAAUACCCUGUGACAAUGAUGUCCCCUGCGCCUGUCCAUCUAUAUAUUUUUACUUGUUGUACAGCAUGUAACGUGCUGCGAUCAAGGUGGGUAUACGGAACCCCUCAUAUCUGAUCGGCCAACCCUACAUGACCCGAUCUUACUAUCAGAUGACAAUGUUCCUUAUAUGUGCUGAUCUUCACCCAUACAUAAUUCUUGUUGUUUCACUUCGUCGCAUAUAUACUAUUACUUACUGCUACUGUGGUCGUUCAUUUUUUAUCGGCACUGGACAUGGAUACUUCCCAUACCUGCUAGUGGUGUCAGUUAUACUCAUAUCACGGACUUGUUGCGGACUUCGUUCUUAGAUUCUUUGGUUCCCUCGUUAUGCACUCCUAGCAAU